AUGGGGGAAUGGGAGAUGACGAAAUUGCGUUGGGUGUCGAUUCUCUUUGCCGUGACCGCGGCAGUUUCGGCUGCGCCACAGGAUUACAGCCAUCCUACACCAUCUGGAGAUGGAUUUUCACACGGAGGAUUUGCAGAUGGUGGUGUAGGUGGAAUUGGAAGUAAUGGAGAUGAUGGAAUUGGUGGUUCUGUAGGUGGUUGUCAGGAUGGCCAAAUCCUACAUGUUGAUGGAUCAUGCGUGACUCCCGUCAUUACGAGAAAAGUAUAUCUGUACGACGCUCCUGAAGUACCUGCGGGUCCAGGCGGUCCUCCUCCGAGUGUGCCACCACCUAAGGUAGAACAUAACAUUUUGUUCGUACGUGUUCCUGAAGCUGCUCCACCACCUGAACCCAUCAUUGUUCCUCCAGCAAGGCAAGAAAACGUGGUCUAUGUUCUGAAUAAGCAGGAAGAGGAAAGUCAACAGGUAAUCGAGGUUACACCUCAUCCAGCUUCCGACCCAGAAAUUUAUUUCGUGAACUACCAAGAAGGAGAAAACCCUACCCUUCCUCUUGGAGUAGAUCUUGAGACUGCUCUCAGCGUUGCCAGUGCAGCUGGCGGUGACGUCAUCGGAGGUGGGGGAGCGGCUGUUGGGGUUGGUGACGGAGGAUUAGGUGGCGGUGCUGGAGCCGGAGGUAUUGGAAGCGGCUUUGGAGGCAAUGGAGGAUUCGGAGGAUCCGGUGCCGCAGGAUUUGGAGGAGCUGGAGUAGGAGGCAAUGGCGGUUUCGGCGCUAAUGGUGGCAGCCCGUCAAACCUGUACACCAGCCCCUGA